AUGGCCACGGGCUCCCGGGCCUGGAGGCCUCGACCGUCCGAGCGUCAUCGCAUGUGGCAGGCUGGCUUCGCCCGCCGGCGCUUGGAGCGACAGGAGAUGUCUCCCGUUGCGACGGAAGGGCAGAUGGUGGCUGCUGAUUCAGGUGCAGACCACGGUUUCAGCGACAACUUCUUCGAGACAUCGCUCCGCGCUUACGCCGAGCGCCAGCAAGCGCGCCUCUGGCCAGCGCUGCCGGCUGCCUCGAGUGCUCCGCUGCUUGAGAGGCGGGCAGGGCUUGCGGGCCGCGGCACCAGCAUUGAGCCCAGGACGCCCAAUCGACCUCCAAAGUGGGGGCAGCUUCAUUCGCCGCCAAAGCACUCUGGGCGCAGACGCAUUGCAGAAGCUCGCUGGCAGGUUCAGGAAGAGGAUGCCUGUCGCCGCUGGUCACCCCGCUCUGAUGAAGAGGGCCGAUAUGGCCGAUCGCCACCGGCAGGCUGGCCGAGAAAGCGGCUGCGAAGCGAAGAGAGAAGUCCUUCGCGAGACCUUUGGACUCCGGUUGCAUGCGCCGCUCGAAGGACGCCUCCCUCCCGUGUGGCCCCCAGCUUCGAGGGUGCACCGCGGCCUGCAGCUGGCGGCGCCUGCGCGGACCUCUUCACGCCACCGCGCCGCAUCGCAAAAGCCUUUGUGAGGCCCCGGACGGGCCCGCCGCAGAGCUUGCGGAGCUCCCGCCGCGACUUCGGAAGGCGGGAGGAAGCGAACAUCCCGCGCUCGGGCACCAUUGUCUUCGAGGGAAACCCGUUUCGGACGGUGCGGCGGCGACUCCUCGAUGAUUGGGACGAGGAGGAGGAAGCCGAAACCGCGCCGAAGAUUGAGGAAGUGCCGGAUUCACCCGAGGCGUCGGGGCCCUUGGCAAUUGAGUUCCUUCACGCCAGCGGCUAG